AUGAUCAGCGAUUCAGUUCCCUCCACGUCUUCUCCCACCAAGGACGUUAAUGACACAACCUACGAAGAGGAAUCAGAAAGAAGCAGCAAAAAUUUGGAGGUUUCGGAUGGAGAUCGCGACGACGAAGACGAGGAUGAAGAAGUGAGUUGGGUAACAUGGCUAUGCAAUCAGAAGGGAAAUGAAUUCUUUUGUCAAGUUGAUGAUGGCUACCUCCUUGAUGACUCCAACCUUUCUGGCUUAAGCAGUCAAGUACCUUGCUAUGAUUAUGCUCUUGAUUUGAUUUUGGACGUUGAAUCUUCUCAUGAUGAGUUCACUGAUGAGCAGAAUGAUCUGGUUGAAUGGGCGGCCGAGAUGCUUUAUGGUCUUAUUCAUGCUAGAUACAUAUUGACAAGCCAAGGGAUGGCUGCAAUGCUGGAGAAAUACAGGAGCUAUGACUUUGGUACAUGCCCAAGAUUUCACUGCAAUAAACAAAGGUGCCUACCUGUUGGCGAGUCAGACACCCCACGGUCAAGAACUGUGAAAAUCUACUGCCCCAAAUGUGAAGAUAUAUAUGCACCAGAAUCCAAGCACCAAGAGAACAUUGAUGGAGCAUAUUUUGGAACCACGUUUCCUCAUCUGUUCUUUAUGAACAAUCCGCACCUCAGGCCAGAGAAGGCAAAUGAAAACUACGUCCCAAGAAUAUAUGGCUUCAAAAUCAGCAAAUAG